AUGGAGUCAAAACUCUUAGACGCUGCGAGGCCAUCGGCAGCAUUCUUCUGCCCUCAGAACAAACCACCAAAACCAAAGUAUUUGGAUACCAUUCGUCGCUAUCUACGUAGUAAUACGCUCCUUGCUCCAUUCCGAGUUGCCAUACUUGACAGCCUCUCCACAACAUGGGAGAUCCUCGCGGAUGCACACCCCGGGAUUGCAGCCAUGACCCAGGGUCCUCGAUACAUCCAACACUUCCAUGAUUGGAUUGCUGCCACAGAAUCACCAGUUACAUCAUCACAAAUGGAAUGGACAGAAAUAAUGUCUGGAUUAAUAUCACUCCCGCUGUUGACAAUCAUGCAAAUCGUUCAGUACUUCCAAUAUCUGGAAGCCCGUCAAAUACGACAUAAGCAAUUCGUCGAAGAAAUAAGAGUCGGCGGUGCCCAGGGUUACUGUGGUGGCUUACUGCCAGCAGCAGCCAUAGCGGCAUCCCGCAACGAAGAGGAGGUUGUUAAGAAUGCUGGUAUUGCCUUGAGACUAUCGCUAGCUAUUGGUGCGUAUGCAGAGUUGGGUGAUGACCCGGAUACGCCGGGACCAACUACUGUUGUCUUGCGGACGAAAUAUCUUGGACAGGCAGGAGAGAUCGUAGCUAAGUUUCCUGGAACAUAUAUCUCGGCAAUCACAGACCCAGAAACUAUAAGCAUCGUUGGCCCUACAAAGGUCGUCGAAGAUCUGCGAGUAUAUGCUGAAUCACAGGGGCUCAAAGCUACCAAAUUGCACCUCAGAGGCAAGGUCCACAACCCCGAGAACGCCGAGUUGUGCAAGGAGUUUAUCGAACUGUGCGAGAAAUAUCCCGACUUGUUAUUGCUCCCAACCCCUGCUGCCUUGCAAACCUCCAUGCGCUCAAACAAAACUAGCAAGGAAUUGAGACAUUCCGGCAUAAUUACUUCUCUUUCACUUGAGGUACUGGAGAGCACACUUGCAAAUCGAUGCGAGUGGUAUGACCUUUUGAGUGUCAUGGCAGAUAAGCUGGACGAGACAGGCAAGGAGCACACCUUCGCUCUCUUCGGGACUGGGAGAAAGAAUUGUGUUCCUCUAGCACCAUUCGAGCAGAAGCAACAGCGUAUCUCCAAACUUGACAUUGCGACCUACGUCGAGAAGCUAGACAUUCCUCGAGACGGACGGACGCUGGAUCAGUACCCCGAAAAUGCCAUUGCCAUUGUCGGUGCUGGUUGCCGACUGCCAGGCGCCAAUUCCAUCGACGAGCUCUGGGACAUCCUCAGCUCCGGUACAUCACGAGUUGAAAAGCUACGGCCUUCACGAUUUGAUUUGUCCACAAUUUCUCGCGGCACUGUUGGUCCGGAUGCUAAGCAAACCAGCAGGAGAGAGUUGUACGGUAACUUCCUCGACGAUGUCGAAUCGUUUGACAGUAACUUUUUCGGUGUUAGCCCUCGUGAAGCCAUGUACAUGGACCCACAGCAGCGCCUACUCCUCGAGACUGCGUAUGAGGCUUUGGAUGCUAGUGGCUACUUGCGAACUCACCGCCGAGAUGACUUCGACAAUGUUGGCUGUUUUAUCGGGGCUAGCUAUACGGAAUACCUCGAGAACACUAGUUCAUACAAUCCAACCGCAUACACAGCAACAGGAACAAUUCGAGCCUUCCAGAGUGGGCGAAUUAGCUAUCAUUUUGGCUGGAGCGGUCCGUCUGAGGUUAUUGAUACGGCUUGUUCCGCGUCGCUUGUUGCAGUCAACCGAGCUUGCAAAGCCAUUCAGUCUGGUGAAUGUCCUAUGGCCCUUGCAGGUGGUGUAAAUGUCAUCACGGGGGUCAAUAACUACUUCGACUUGGGCAAAGCAGGAUUUUUGAACACAACUGGACAAUGCAAGCCCUUCGAUGCGACUGCGGAUGGUUACUGUCGCGCGGAUGGCAUUGGAUUAGUUGCGCUGAAAUCGCUGCGUCAAGCAGUAGCUGAUGGAAAUGAUGUACUGGGUGUCAUUAUGGGUGUUGGCACCAACCAGGGCGGUCUCUCACCGGCGAUUACCGUGCCAUACUACCGUGCUCAGAUCAGCCUCUUCAAGAAUGUGGUUAAACAAUCCGGACUGAAACCCGGUCAAAUAUCUUACGUCGAAGCACAUGGCACCGGCACACAGGUCGGCGACCCAAUAGAGAUUUCAAGUGUGCGUGAGGUAUUCGGUGGUUCACAAAGAAGUGACUUUGUGAAUCUCGGAUCUCUGAAGGCAAACGUCGGGCAUAGUGAGACUGCCGCUGGCAUAGGCAGUUUGAUGAAAGUCCUCGCAAUGCUGAAACAUGGGAAGAUUCCUCCUCUGGCCGGUUUCAAGACACUCAAUCCCAAGAUUCCCGCUCUCGAGCCCGACUUCUUGCGCAUUCCAACGGAAGUAAAAUCGUGGGAUGUCUCAUUCCGUGCUGCAUGUGUCAAUAGUUAUGGUGCGGCUGGUAGUAACUCAGCAUUGAUAUGUGCCGAGGCUCCCAGAAUGACAGCGAUGGCCACAGCAUCACUAAGCCAUAUAAAGACAAACGAAGAUGAAGCCUUGCAGUACCCGAUUUUAAUCAGUGCCAUCAACAACGCCAGUCUAAAAGCGAAUGCUAGCAAGUUAGCAUCCUACAUUCGCCAGAAUCGUGGUGAACAGGACCUGCGCAUUGCCGACAUUGCCUUCACCUUGUAUGAUCGCCGCAAACACCACCGCGUGCAAUGGAAUGGUGAAGCACAUGACCUUGAGGCAUUGGCCCAGAAAUUGGAUCAGGUAGAGGAAGGCGUGGAAGUGCCAACAACACCCAAGUCUGUGGUUUUAGCAUUCUCAGGCCAAAGCAAGCAAACAAUAGGACUCGAUGCAUCGUGGUAUGUUAGCUUUCCACGCCUCCGGCACUACAUUGAUUUGUGCAAUAAUACUAUCAUGCGCCUGGGCUACUCUGCGAUCUUACCUGCAGUGUUCGCAUCUGAUCCUGUAGAGGACGUGGUAGCCUUGCAAUGUGGCACCUUUGCGGUGCAGUAUGCAUGUGCGAAGUGCUGGAUCGACGCAGGCGUAAAAGUAGAUGCCGCUGUUGGUCACAGUUUUGGCGAGUUGACAGCCUUGGCUGUCACCAGUGUACUUUCACUUGAACAUGCUCUCAAGCUGGUCGCUGCGCGGGCCUCAUUGAUGCAGACUAAAUGGGGACCGCAACGAGGCACAAUGCUUGCCGUCGAGGCAAGCGUAGAGACAGCAAGACAAAUCAUCUCAACUGUCAAUCGCAGUCUUGAGAUUGCUUGCUACAAUGCCAAAACUAGCCAGGUCCUUGUUGGAACUGAUUCCGACAUCGAGCUGGUCGAACGGCUGAUCACUACUGACGCUCGAUUUAAGGGUACUCGGCUUGCAAGAGUCAAAACGAGCCACGGAUUUCAUUCUGUGUUCACUGAGCCACUUCUGGAAGAGCUUGAUCUCGUUGCUCAAGCCCUAGAUUUCAAGACGCCUUCAAUCCCACUUGAGACAUGCACAGAAGUUCCAGCCGAGGUCGAUGAACAAACAAUCGACGCCAGCCGUAUCGUGCAACAUACCCGAACGCCGGUAUACUUCGGAGAUGCAGUUGCAAGGCUGGAAAGCCGUCUAGGGCCCUGCGUUUGGCUUGAAGCGGGCAGUGAUUCUCCCAUUAUCCCGAUGGUAAAGAGAGCUGUCCAAAACCCGUCGCAGCAUACAUUCCUUAAGUUGAAAGCCAAAGACACUGCUCGUCCCACAGAUAUUAUCUCUCAGACAAGCAUAAGUUUGUGGCAAGAAGGCAUCUCGGCCUCUUUCUUCGCAGGGUUCUACUCUUCGCCAUCGGGUGCUGAAGGGUCAAUUGCCUUCAAACAAAUAUGGCUUCCACCAUACCAGUUCCAACGUACCCGUCACUGGCUGCAAUACAUGGAUGUGGUGACAGAGGAGCGCAAAAUAUCAGAAGCAAGGAUUCGCUCUGCCAGUCCCAAUGGCAGCGUAAUCCAACAACCUCACUCGCCGUCCAUGAGAUUGGUCACUGCUCGGAGAAGAGAUUCCACCUCUUGGUCAUCUCUUGAAUUUGCCAUACAUACUGAAACCAGUCGAUUCACCGACAUUGUCUCUGGACAUGCAGUCCGUGACCAGCCGCUGUGUCCGGCAUCGAUGUAUAUGGAAUGUGUAGUAAUGGCCGCUCAAAUGGUCGAGCCUAGCGUCUCAGUCAAGUCGCUGACGUUCCAGAAUCUUUCUUUCCAGGGUGCACUGGGUAUCAACUAUUCGCGCGACGUUUCCCUCCUACUAGAGGGAGACGGGGAGUACCUAGCCUGGAAUUUCACCGUGCGCAGCACCGUCAAGGAUUCAAAGGGGAGACCAACAACCCACGCCAAGGGCAGGUUCAGCGUGUCGUCCCACAUUGAUUUCCAACUUUAUGAGCGCAUGAUUGCAGACAGAAUGAAUGAAAUUCUCGUCCACCCCCAGUCGGAGAGAUUGAUGGCUGGCCGAGCGUAUACGCUCUUCUCCCGAGUCGUCAACUACGCCGACACUCUACGUGGUAUCACGGAAAUCACAAUUCUGAACAACCGCCAUGCGGUAGCAGAAGUCUCUCGGCCUAAAGUGGCAGUUAGUACUACUGAGAGCACGGCAGCGGGCGUUUGUGAUACGGUCACACUAGACACCUUCAUACAGGUAGUCGGACUGCUGAUCAAUAGUAGCGAGACUUGUCCGGCAGACGAAGUAUUCAUUGCAACCGGUAUUGAUAGCAUCAUCAUGCAAGACUGCGACUUUUCCGAUUCCCAGUCCGACAGCUGGAAGGUCUACGCUAUGGCAACUACGCGCAGUGAAUCCCAUGUUGCGGGCGACAUGUUCGUUUUCACCAAGGAGGGAAAGCUGAUUUUCACCGGUUCUGGUGUGCAAUUCAGUCGCUUCCCCAUUGCCAAACUUGAGAAGGUCCUUGAAGGUAUUGGCAUGAACAGUGGUGCCAAAUCCCCAAGCAGUAACGAUAACAACAAAAGGGGGCUAUCUACUCGACGGAGCUCGGAUUAUUUAAUUCAGACCAAUGGAAAUGCGAAACCUGCCGUAAACGGACACGCUUUCAAGCCAAAUAUGACAGUAGAAAUCGAUGACCAAACUCUAGUGGCACAAGACAGCGUCUCAAUGCGACCUUCUGUCAUCAAGUCAGCCAUGAUCAAGAAUGAUAGUAAUCUCGGGACACUAGGCUUGGAUUCUCUGUCCAAGCUUGAAUUCGUGAACCAGCUUCGUGCUGAAUUCGGUAAUGAGAUUUCCUCUCAAAACGAUUUCGCACAGGUCGCACUUCUCUACAACAAGCUGUUCGCGAACGAUUCACCCGUCAAUGGCAAGCCAGUGCAUGUCGGGCAUGUGGAACAUGUCGACGAAAUCGAGCUUGAUGGACCAUCGUCUCCCUCGACAGAGCACACUCCACCGGCAUUACGAGGAGUGGGUUCUCAGUCACAGCUUAGAAUCAGACAGAGGAUCCUCGAACUGAUUGCGGAGAACUCUGGCGAGGCCAUCGGCAACAUUGGAGAUGAAGUUAGCCUCCAAGACAUUGGGAUCGACUCGCUCUCGGUGAUUGAGCUCAAAGAAGCUUUUGAAGAUGCAUUUGGUAUCCAGUUCGGAGACUGGGAUUUUGGAUUACAUCUGACUGUCAAAGAGCUUCUGGACUUUGUUGCUAGCUCUGGCGCUGCGUAG